AUGAAUAAAAAAAGAUUUUUUCUGGAUUCGCCAGAGGUGAAGGACUACCUCGUCAAAGGAGAGAGGUUCACAAAGUGGUCGGAGGAUUCCACCAAGACAAGUCCUGUCACUAUGAAGAUGGAUUCAAAAGGAUUUUACAUUUACUGGAUCAACCAAAGCAAGGAGACCACAUUGCUGGAUGUGGCUACAAUCAGAGAUACCAGAGUUGGAAAAUACGCCAAACUUCCUAAGCACUCAAAAGUGCGCAAUGUUUUCAACAUGGAUUUUCCAGACAGCAAUCAUCUGGCUAAAACUCUGACCAUAGUCUCAGGGAUGGACACCGUCAAUCUCACUUAUCACAACUUCUUUGCCUCCAAAGAGAAAGUGGUACAGAACUGGGCAAAUGACAUACUUGCAAUUGCCUACAAUGCUGCAAGAAACAACUCAUGCCGACAAGUCUUCUUGGACAAAAUAUAUGUGUGCCUCUCUCUCCAAACCAACAAAGACGGCAAGAUCCCAGUGAAACGUAUCUACAAGAUGUUCCCAGCUGAUAAGAAAAGGGUGGAAGGUGCCUUGGCAGCAGCACACCUCCCCAAAGGAAAGUAUGACAGCAUAAAGUCUGAUGCAUUCACCGAGGCGGCCUUCAGGACAUUUAUAACUCACCUUUGCCCGAGGCCUGAUAUCUAUGAGAUUUUUACAUCUUACUCCAACAAGCCCACAAUGACCAAGGAGAACUUCACCAAGUUCCUCAACGAAAAGCAAAGAGACUCUCGACUCAACGAAGAGUUGUUUCCUCGUUUACGACAGGACCAGAUCAAGGCUUUGAUUGACAAAUAUGAACCUGUCUCCAGCAAUGCAAACAGAGGCCUGAUUUCUCCAGAGGGAUUUCUGUUUUACCUGAUGGGGUCUGAGACUUCAGUUGUAGUGCAGGACAGACUGGCCAAAUCCCACGACAUGACUCAGCCUUUACCGCACUAUUUCAUCAAGUCCUCCCACAACACUUACCUGACAGCGGGCCAGUUCUCAGGCCCGUCCUCUCCUGAGAUGUACCGCCAGUGCCUUCUGUCCGGCUGCCGCUGUCUGGAGCUGGACUGUUGGAAAGGCAAACCCCCAGAUGAAGAGCCCAUCAUCACACACGGCUUCACUAUGACAACUGAGAUCCUCUUUAAGGAUGUGAUUGAAGCUAUAAACGAAAGUGCCUUCAAGACUUCUCAGUAUCCUGUUAUUCUCUCAUUUGAAAACCAUGUCGACUCGGUCAAACAGCAAGAGAAAAUGGCCAACUACUGCAAAACCAUAUUUGGAGAUGCCCUCCUAACAGAGCCCCUGGACAAAUACCCUUUGAAGCCAGGCCUGCAGAUCCCAAGUCCAUCAGAGCUCAUGGGCAAAAUCUUGAUCAAGAAUAAAAAGGGCAGCCAUGACAAGCCCAAAGAACAGGCCAAGAAACCAGCCGCUGAUCCGACCGCUGUCACCCCAGACCCUGCCAACCCUCCAACUGCCUCAGAGAACCCAGAGGAGGAUCCUGAGGAGCAGGAAGAGACAGAGGAGCAGGAUGAGGAGAAAAUGAAGACAUCGGACGAGGGCACAGCUGGACAGGAAGUGACAGCAUACGAGGCUAUGUCUUCAAUAGUCAAUUACAUCCAGCCAAACAAAUUUGUCUCCUUUGAACAUGCUAAAAAGAAAAACAGGAGUUACGUCAUCUCAUCUUUUGUGGAGACCAAAGGGGAAGCAAUGAUUGCCAAAAGUGCAGUUGAAUGGGUGGAGUAUAACAAGAGACAGAUGAGUCGAAUCUACCCCAAAGGAACACGAAUGGACUCAUCCAAUUACAAUCCACAACCUUUCUGGACCGCGGGCUGCCAGAUGGUGGCACUCAACUACCAGACAAUGGAUUUCCCCAUGCAACUCAACAUGGCUCUGUUUGAGUACAACGGCAGGACUGGGUACCUUCUCAAACAUGACGUGAUGCGCCGCAGUGACAAGAAGUUUGAUCCUUUUUGUGACAGAAUUGACACAGUUGUGGCAAGCACACUGACAAUCAAGAUUUAUUCAGGACAGUUUCUGUCAGACAAGAAUGUGAAAACUGGAGUGGAAGUGGAGGUGAUUGGCCUGCCCAAUGACCCCAAGAAAAAAUACCGCACCAAAUGGACCACCACACCUAAUGCCAUAAACCCAGUGUGGAAUGAAGAGCCCUUUGUUUUUGAAAAGAUCUUACUCCCAGAAUUGGCAUCUCUGAGAAUUGUGGUUCAUGAGGAGAAUGGUAAAUUCUUGGGACACAGAAUAAUUCCUCUUGACGCCAUACAAUCAGGGUUCCACCACAUCUGCCUUCGCAGCGAAAGCAACAUGCCCCUCACACUGCCGGCUCUCUUUGUGUACAUCGAGGUCAAGGAUUACAUCCCUGCUGCUUUUGCAGACUUCACAGAUGCCUUAUUUAACCCAACAAAAGGCACAGAGAAAACCACUAAGACACCAAAGGAGUCAUCUGCUGACUACGUCUCCCCUUAUGAGAUGCCCCUCGCUGCCCCCGUGCCCACUCCCAAGGCAAUUGAAGCCCCUCCAGCAGAAAAGACAGAAGAGACGCCAGCAGCUGCAGACCCAAGUGCUGAGACCAAAAAUGCUGCAGCUGAGGACCCCCCUCCAGCAGAAGAACCUCCCAAAGAAGAAGAACCCCAAGAAGCAGCCCCAGAACAGCCUGCAGAAGAGCCUGUGGCAGAACCUACUGACACUGCCCCAGAAAAUGCACCAGCUGAGGCAGAAGAAACACCUGCACCAGAGUCUGAGGAGAAACCUGAGACUCCUCCUGAAGAGAAAGAGGAGACUACAGAAGAACCAAAAGAAGAAACUCCAGAAGAGCCAAAAGCUGAGGCCACAGAGGAUACAGCAGAGGCGGAGAAAACGGAGGAGGCCAAGGCAGAGACCACCGAGCAAGUUGUGAGCGCUCCUGUUGUAGCAAAUGGAACAUCUCAAAAGCCUGACACCAGCACUGACGAUAUUAAAACUGUGACCACUGAAGAACUGACACAGCACAAAAACUAUGUGAAAAUCGUAAAGCGCCAGGAAAAGGAGCUGAAAGAAACUGAAAAAAAGCUACAGAAAAAGGGAGAGGACCUGAUUCAAAAAUACUCUGACACCUUCAAGGCCAUCAAGAAAAAAAAUUCUGUCAAGAAAAAGGAGGCAGGAGCAGGUGGAGACUCUAGUGGAGCGAAUGAACGUGUGCAAGAGCAGAAGGAAAAGAUGACCAAUGAUCUGCAGAGUUUGUGGACCAAUCAGUAUGACCAGAUCAAAAAGAAAAAAGAGCAGUUUGCUACAGAGAGAUUGUCCAAACUGAUGGAGAUGGCAUCAGAAAAACACAGCAGUGAACUGAAGGCCCUGGAGAGUGAAGCCAAAGAGAAGAAGAAAGCUCAAUCCAAAACAAACUCAAAGAUGAAAAAGGCAAUGAGUACAGAUGAUCUGGAUGAAAAUGGUCUAUCUGAUGCCCCAGAUGUGAAUCCUCAGCAAGAGGCACUGAUGAAGAAACAGGAAGCUACACUGGAGGAGAUCAAAGCCCUGACCAACCAACUCAAUCAAGAGGCCCUAAAGGAGCAGCAGCAGAAGAUGCACACACUGUCUGCAGAUGUGUCCGAGGCUGUUAAUGUGUGUGUAGGGGCUCACUUCCCAGAGCUCGUUGACCAAAAUGCCAAAAAAGCGGAUGGGGCUGGUGUCUAUGGAGAUGUUUUCCUUGGAUAGUCUGUUGCUUGGUAGUCUCUCAGUCUAAUUAUAUUUUACCAACUGUAAUUCUUUUAAUGCCUCUUCUACCCUCUUAUGUAACCCGCAAGAUGACUGUUUUAUAAACAGAGCACCAUUGUCCAACAACACAAAAUUAGUAACUAAUUUGGUAAUUGUAGUCAAAUUGUUUCUAAUGUAUUACAAGUUAAGGUCCCAAUUCAGUUUCCAUUGAAUCAGCAUAAUACUAUAUUGUUCACCAGUUAAAUUAUACAGGAAAUGCCAUCUUCAGUGCAUAGUCUUGACAAUAAUUUGACAGUUUUUUUCUCAAUAUAUUUGUGUGAUUUAUUACUAUAAAUAACUAGAAACAACAAUCAACAAUUAAUUUUAGGAAUAUGAAUAAAAAUUCUAGUGUUUUCAACUGCAAUGAAGUGCUUACUAAAGAUUUGCCAGUAGUUUUUAUUUAUAUUAUUAAGGUUAUUAGUGACUGAACAAGCAAGAAACCACUAAUUCAA